AUGACUUCUACAAUUGCAGCGAAAUCGAAGCAGCUGCCACCCGGCGUCUACGUGCCCGUGGUUUCUCUAUACAAGAACACUCCCCGCCAGGAUAUCGAUGUCGAUGCGGCGUACAAGCAUUUCACGCAGCUCAUUCGCGGCGGAGUACACGGAGUUGUACUAGCAGGCACAAACGCUGAAGCUGUCUUGUUGUCGCCUUCUGACCGCCAGGAACUGAUCCGCAUUGCUCGGAAAGCAGCCACAGACCUGGGAGUCCUUAACUAUCCUCUCGUCGCUGGAAUUAGCGGCCAGUCCACUAACGAGUCAAUUCAGCUGGCUGAAGAUGCUGCUCAAGCUGGAGCUGGGUGGGCAUUGCUUCUUCCGCCAAGUUACUGGGCCAAAGCCGUCACCAAGGAUGUCAUCUUGAGCUUCUACCGCGAGGUGGCUGACCUCAGUCCAAUUCCUGUCGUUAUUUACAGUUUCCCUGGAGUCACGAACGGUGUCGAUAUCAGUUCCGACGUCAUGUCCGAACUCGCCCAUCAUCCUAACAUCAUAGGGACCAAGCUUACCUGCGGCAACGCAGGAAAAGUCACACGCCUCAGCCAUCAAUACACACCACAGCAAUUUAGUGUUUAUGCCGGCUCGUCGGACUGGCUGCUACCUUGUUUGAUUGGGGGAGGCGUGGGCUGUGUCACAGGCAUGGGCAAUGUGUUUCCGAAGUCCACCUCCAGACUGUAUAAUCUAUGGGCAGUUGGAAAGACGGAAGAGGCCCGGAAGCUACAGGGACUAGUGGCAGAGGCAGAGAAGGUCUGCAAGGAAGGCAUUGCAUUGACGAAAUAUGCUGCAUGGUAUUUUAUUGGUCGUGACUUAGGCAUUGAUGAGAAGGUAUAUUAUCCACGAAAGCCAUAUUUUCCUGUGAAUAAGGAUCGGCAAGAAUGGGCUGUCAAGGCCAUGGAGGAGCUGGCAUCAUACGAGAAGACGCUGCCAGACGUGGUUGAUGUAUAA